UUCCCCAUCUCAACUACAAGUCCAGCCCAGAAUUCCCCUACCCCACCCUACGCUACACUUUCUCUCUCUAUACAUACACACAGGCAUAAGCAUAUACAUACAGUGGGAGAAUGGGUGGCCAAAAGUUUGCUGUUCUUCUUUGUGCAGAGGACUCAGACUACGUAAAGAAAAUGUAUUUGGGGUAUUUUGGGGUGUUCGUCAGAAUGCUUGAAGAAGAAGGUGAAAUAUGGGAUAAGUUCCGAGUGUCAAAUGGGGAAUUUCCCGAAGAUGAAAAGAUCGGAGAAUACGAUGGAUUUGUGAUCACAGGAAGCGGUAAUGAUGCCCAUGGCAACGAUCUUUGGAUCUGUAAACUCUUGAAUUUGCUCAAGAAAUUAGAUGGGAUGAAAAAGAAAGUUCUGGGUAUUUGCUUUGGUCAUCAGAUACUGGGACGAGCUUUGGGAGGAAAUAUUGGACGAGCAAGUUCAGGUUGGGACAUUGGAAUCACAAAUGUCUAUUUGCAAUCAUCAGCGACCUUCAGAUCUUUGAAAUUGCCCGCUUCGCUAUCUAUCAUUGAGUGCCACAGGGACGAGGUUUUGGAGCUCCCUCCAAACGCCGAGGUGAUGGCAUGGUCAAACAAGACGGGGAUAGAAAUGUUUCGGUAUGGAGAUCAUAUUAUGGGCAUUCAAGGUCAUCCCGAGUAUACUAAGGAUAUCCUGUUGAACCUCAUUAAUCGACUUCUUAACCGUGAUCUCAUACAGGAGUCUUUUGCUGAAGAAGCCAAGUCCAAGUUGGAGGGUAAUGAGCCACAUAAGGAGGCGUGGAAGAAACUGUGCAUAGGCUUUCUCAAAGGGAGAAUGUGAUGGAAACUUAGAAAAUGGAAAUGAAAUCUUGCACAGUUCGGGAAGAGAAGUUCAGCAUUAUCACCGGGGUACUUAUAUCUUGAAACUAAUUCGAUUUGGUUACAAAAUCGUGCUACUGAAUGGAUUAUGUAUUUUUAAACUUUUAAGGUCCAUGAUAUUAAGCCCUCUUUGGCAACUAUCACAAUUGAGUUUUUUCAGGGAA